AUGAAAUCAAUGUUCAACAGUGAUGCCUCGCUGCCGUACAACCACCAUUUAUUUGAAAGUCCUAUUCUGAAGAAAACAAUAAAAGUGGACGGGGAAGCUGGCUACAAUUAUUCUCAGAUGGCUCAGAACGAAUUUACUGACCGGAAGAUCCGUGGUUCGAACCCAACCUCUACAUCUCUGUUUCUGUCUGGUAUUGGGCAACCCAGCAGAUUCCUUCAGGUGGCACGGCAACUAGACAUCAGAGGACAUGACAUCAGCGUUCAAAACCGAUGCUACAACUAUGAUCUAUUUGAAAGAUUUAUUGUGAAGAAAAGAACAAAUGUGGACGGGGAAGGGGCAUGGUGCUACCUUACUACAAUUAUUUUGUGGUGCAUACACCUCCAAACACUCAUUCAGGCAGUCUUUGUAGAAACUAACGAAAAGAACGCUACUGAAAUCAGUUAG